ACGAGUAUGUCGAGUGUACGAAAGAGGAGAAAUACGCCGCCGGGGAGUCUGUCUGGCUGUCUCAGUAACGACGCCAACGUCAGCAAACGGUGGAAAUCAAGAGCCAGCGCAGACAAAUCGGCUGCCGAGAUGGAAGUCGAGUCGUUGAUUGAGCAUGAGAGCAAGAUACGCGAUGGCGCGCUGAAACUCAUACAGGCGGCGACGAGCAAGAGACAGAGCAUGGAGGCGGCAAAGAGUCUGAUGACUUCGAAUGCUAGGUUGUUGGCGCUUAUGAGCCGGCUGCAGAAGACGAGGAGGGAUUCGAUGAGUGAAGAGGCGCCCGCGCGUGACAAAUCUGCACGACCCGUUCCUUGCAAAGCGAAGGUGACCAUUUCAGACAUUCGGAUUCCUCUGGAAGUGAAGGACGUCAAGGAGCAGAUGAAAGGCAGCCACAAAAAUGAUCCACCCGCCUACUGCAGUGUGUUUUGUUUGUUCAAGUUGGAUGGUCAGAUCCACGAGACCGAGGGAAUUAUAGAUGUCACCAGGAACACGACAGACAUCGUUUUUCCAGACUCCGUUACUUUUCACGAUGUUGAGGAAGAUUUCAAGCUUCAUAUUGAGCUUUACUGCGCUAUGAAUCAGGACUACGAGCAUCAUAUCGCACACAGAAUGCUUCGCAAGACUGUCAGUGCGUUCAACAAGAAAGACAAGGAUGACACGACUUCAUCAUCAUAUGGGCACAGCCAUCCUAAGUACACUAUUGUUGGCCACUCUCACUUGUGCUUGAGGGAUGCAAGCAACUCUCCUCAAACUCACACGAUCAAAGCUGGUCCUGUCGGUGCUAGUCCGAGUGCAUCGUGUAACAGCUCGUACAUUCCAAUAACCAAUCAGCUUUCGCUCUGGGGACAGUUCUGUUGCCUGUUGAGAAUUCAGCCGGACUCCGCCACAGGAACAAGAAUUACGGGAUUUACGAAUGUUCAGAGAAUGGUUGGGGAGCUGCCCGCUUGGACUCGUUACUGGUGUGUUAUGAGACAGAACUACGUCAGAUGUUGGGUGUCUCCAGAAGACAUUGGAAAGAAAACAGCCAUCUACUCCAUCGCAAUAUCAGAGGACAUGGAGGUCAUUAAUGCCCCUCGACUCACCAUGCGUCGACCCAACACGUUGCUAUUGAAAGGAACGCGGUCUGGCGAAGAGCACUUUAUUUCGUUCGAAUCGAAAGAAGAGAAAUCGCUGUGGCAUAAGGCGAUAGUCCAGUGUCUCGUAGACCAGAAGACGUGGAAGCAAUGGAGCAACAAGGUGACUCCCCAGUCAGCCCUUGAGCCAUGGCAACACAGUCAAAAUCGAGGGCAGUAUUCGCCGGGACAACUUGGUCGUGUCUUGAUCUCUCCUGCACCCACAGUACACACCAACAUCAUAGAGAGAACGUCAACGGCGAGUCCUCUCGUUCCACCUCGGGAGAAGAAAGGGAGACGAAUUGCGUACGAAGAGAAGCAAGCAGGGCAGCACGCAAACAAUGACAUCAAUCUCUUGAUUGACAACAAAGGAAGUAGCAACAAAGUUAUUGACAGUGAACAGAGAGCUGAGAAAGAGAACACCAACCACACAAAUCACUGCUACGUUGAAAUGGCUCCACUUACUUUACCGAUUGAUCAGAAGAAACGUCGUGCUCCUGCACCUCCGACUACUAGUCCGAAACCUAAGUUGUCAUCCCUUAUUAACAAUGCUCCUGUGGGUAACGGGUCCACACCUGCAACAGCUCAGUCGCCUGCGACUCCUCAGUCGGCGAAGAAACAUCGAGCUCCAGACAAGCCAGCAGAUCAACUUCCCUACAAGGGCAAGACACAAGAGACGCCAACACAUCUCUACACAGCGAUGUGACAACAGGCAAGCGAAAUAUUGGAAACAGUCAGAAAUUAUUGAAAUGAAGAGAAACUGUUGUCUAGAAACGUUGAGUUAAUGAUAGAGAUUUCCUAGGUACUUAAUUCUUUUCGCUAAGACAGUCUGCAGACUGCAGCCAUAGAAAUGUAGUUCCAUAGUUUAUGGUAGGUGAUUCAUACAUUGAUGUCAGAGACACUAUCCCAAGUCGUCUCUCAGAUGAAGUAUUCCAGCCAUUGGACCUUCACAGGCUAAGACCUAAAACACAGAUUACUCAAGAGUACUGUACAGUCGGUAUGCCAAGGUGUGACACAAAAAUUUACGUUUGUCUAUCUUUAGAAAAGGCUCUGUGUGUGUGUGUGCAU